AUGGUUCGGAAGGGCAAAGUCAAGCUCUCCAAGCACGUCAUCACUGGCGUCGACCCGCAGACCGUCUGGGACCUCGUCCAGGAGGUUGGCGAUGGCAGCUUUGGCAAAUGCCGAAACAAAAAGUCCGCGCAGAUAUCGGCCAUGAAGGUCAUUGCGGUCGAGUCUAACGAAGAACUGGAGGACUUUCAAGUCGAAAUCACCAUUCUCAAGGAAAGCAGCCACCCCAACGUGUGCAAGCUGUUUGAUGCCUACUUUUUCAAAGACGUUCUCUGGCUUGCGCUCGAAUUCUGCGAGGGCGGCGCUCUUGAUGACAUUUAUUCUGAUCUCGAGAAACCCCUCACCGAACCGCACAUCCGAGUCGUCAACCACUACAUGCUUCAAGCACUUGAUUACUUGCAUCGUAACCGUGUCAUCCACCGUGACAUUAAGGCCGGCAACAUCUUGGUCACAGAGUUUGGCGAUUUGAAACUCGCCGAUUUUGGUGUCUCUGCCAGACUCAAAACCAACGAGCAAAAGCGAAACACGUUUAUCGGCACUCCAUAUUGGAUGGCACCCGAGGUUAUAGCAUGCGAAACCAACAAGGAUACACCCUAUGACUCCUUGUGCGACAUCUGGUCUCUCGGUAUCACCGCCAUCGAAAUGGCCGAGAUGAACCCGCCGCUGCACGACAUGCACCCCAUGCGUGUGCUCUUUAAAAUUCCCAAGGCCGCGCCCCCGGUGCUGCAGCAGCAAUCCAAGUGGAGCGACGAGUUUCACGACUUUUUGCGCACGCUGCUUGUCAAGGACCCGCUCCAGCGACCCAAUGCGCAGGCCUGCUUGGCCCACCCGUUCGUCAAGGACGCGACCGAUGUUAGCUGCAUUCGCGAGUUGUAUCAGUUCUAUAAAUCGCCGAACGCCCCACGCCGUCGCAGCAGCAACGCAGGUGUCGAAAUGGCUCGGUCCACAGACAUGCUGUCCCAAGUCGGCUUGGCCACGACGCUGAACGUCCCUGCUUCGGCGCCAGCCGCCCCUGCUGCCGCUUCGUCUCCAGCGUCGACGAACGGCAACGCCUCGGCUGCGGAUGCCACGGUGCUGGUGGUCCCCGUCGCCUCAUCGCCGAGCUCCGUUCACAAGCUGAGCGUCCAGCCAGCAACGCCCGACAAAACCCCAGAGCACGCGCCCGUCCUUGCCGUUGUCGAACAGCCUGCAGCGCCAGCAACCGUGCCUGCGCCCGCGCAAGAGCCACAUCAACCACAACAGCCCGCUUCUCCUCCGAAGCAACCCGUGCAGUUCCCUGCUGUUGCUGUUGCUGCUGCUACUGCUGCUACUGUUACUGCUGCUGCUGCUGCUGCUGCUCCUAGUGCAUCACCAAAAGCGGAACGCGCCACAUCGCAGCUCGAGACUCCAACUCGCACGGCUCGCUCAACGUCAUUCUCGGCUGCCACUUCGGAACCCUUGACCAACUUGGCAGCUGUGACAGCUGUGACAGCAACGGCUUCUGCGCCAAUGGCCACCCCGCUGGCCGCGUCCACCAACAACGUCUCUGCGGCGUCGACUCAAAACCUGGCUCCAGCGGCGUCGUCGGCUUCUGUCGUGUCUUCGGGAAGCAGCGAGGCGAUUGUCUCACCAAGCAUCUCUCGAGCUCAAAGUCGCGAGAUUUUGGACGACGGCUCGCACUCGCCAUCCCGCGAGCGCAAGGAUUCAUUUGCCGUGCGUCUGCGCAAGUCGAUCGGCCGCGGCAGUGUCGGCUCCAAAGAGGGUGUUCCUGCUGGAGACCACAGCAAAGCUUUGUCCGGCUCGAACACUGCCCUCAAUGAAACUGGCACGCCUGUCGCCGCUUUCGACACACCGGUGUCCCCGGGCACGACCACCGUGAAGGCCCACCAGCCAGUCUCGCACAGCCAGUCCAUGGCCGCACCAGUCGCUGCAAAAGAGUCAACAACCUCCAGCAUUCGCCGCUGGGCCUCCACGCGUCUCGGCGGUGGUGAAAAGCCCGCCGCGGUCAACGCCAACUUGGCAAGCACCAAGGAGGAGAGCCCCAGCCAGUCUGGCUCCACGCAAAACGUCUCGGCUGUCGGUUUGUCGUCACCAUCGACGCCCACUUCGCCGCCCGCGGAGUACGGCCCCAUCAAGCGCUCUGCUGUCGAUCCCAUCAAGCUGGCCCAGGAUGCCAAGGCCGUUCGCAUUUUGCGCAACGAGCAGCUCCGCGUUCGUCAAAAGCAACAGCGCGCUGCACAGGCCGCCUACUCCGACAUGGUCGAGGAGCAGGCGGAGGCGACCGAGGCGCUCAAGAACGCCCAGCGCAAGGAAACUGAAAUCUUGAUCAAGCGCAACCAGGCCGAAUUGGACACGCACUUCAAGGUCUUUGAGAAGGACUUUGAGAAGAAGAAGAGCCAGCAGGAUGUCGAACUCAAGGCCUUCCGCAAGAAGGCCGAGAGCGACAACCACAACGAGUGGAAGCUAUUCAAGGACCACCAGCGCAACGAUGAAAAAUCCUUCUCUCACGACACCAAGAAGAAGGUGAACGAGAUCAAGGACAAGACGGAGCGCGCAGCUGCCAAGCUCCGUGCAGAGCAAGAGUGGAAGGAACAAGUCGACUCGGCAGACCAGUACAAGACGGCCGAGCUCACCACCAAGCUCACUGCCGCCAUUCACAACUUUAUGAUGCAGCAAAACAGCGUUCUCAAGGUGUUUGAGGAGGGCUACCUGAUCAAGCUGCACAAGCUCAAGAAUGACCAGCUCCAGGCUGACGCGACGCUGUGGGACAAGCAGGAGCGCGAGAAGCAGACGCUGCUCGAGGCUCAGAUGCAGGCCCUCUUUGAUUUGCAAAAAGACCAAUUCCGCGCGCGCAACGAGAAGGAGCUUGAGCGCCACGCGGCCAUGUGCACCAAGCGCGAGUCCGAGCUCGUCAAAAUCCAGGCCAAUGAACGCAAAAACCUGCCCAAGCCCAAGGAGAGCAAGCUCAAGCCCAAGGAGUCCAAGCGACUAACCGAGACCUUGUUUGGCACGGCUGGGCGGUCGUCCAAGGCGCGCGCAAGCCUGCGUGACUCUGCGCUUGGCGACGGCUCGUCCAAUCCCAGCCCGGCUGGCACCCCAACCAAGGAGUCCCCGCAGCCCAUGUCACCAGCGCACUCUCUUGCCGCCAGCAACUCGUUCAUGCUCAACUCCCCCGGCAGCCGAAACGGCUCGCAGCGCAACACCACCGAAGUCGAGCGUCUGCUCAUCGAGCUGGAGAUGGACCCGUCGCCAGAAGCGAUCGCCUUUGUGACCGAGCUCAAGGACUUUAACUCGUAUCUCGAAAAGACCUCUGCCAAGCUCCGCCUGCUGCACCAGCAGGAACUCGAAGAGUUGCAGCUCGUCCAGCGCGAGCAGCAGGUCGAGUUGCUCACCACCGGCAACGACAAGAUUACCGAAAAGAAGCGACAGCACGCGCUUAUUCUCGAAAAGCUGCAAGAAGCCUUCCAAGCCAAGCACCGCGCUUUCGUUCAAGCAUGCCUGGACGAGCGUGAAGCGCUUUCCCUCAAGUAUGCUCAGACCAACUUGAAGGAUUUGCCUGGGCCCGACACUGCUCUCUAAAUGUUUUUUUUCUUUCUUCUUCUUUUUCCUCUGCUGGUUUUGAACGUUUCUUCUUCUUUGAUUUCUUGACCCUGUGUUGUCUCUAUCGUCUCUGUCCUCUCCGUCUCUCUGUCUUUCCUCUCUCUCUCUCUCUUUCUCUCUCCGUUUCUUUUGUUCGUGUCGGUAAUUGUUUUGCC